AAUGGAGUGAAGACGUUUGUUGUGAGAGUUGUUUCCUAUUAUUUCGCCUUCCGUCGUUUUAAUUCUAUGUAAUGUAAAUAAACUAGUUAGAAAAAAAUCUUUUAUACUAAACGACUAGGUAGUGAGUGUGGAUUUUUUUCUUAGAGUUUAGAUGGAGAAAUAGUAGGAUGUUUCUCAAACGUAUAUUGGUGCCUCUGUUCUGCCUUGGAAUACAAGUUCUUCGAGUCCAAGGCGAAGAAGUGGAGAUUCGGCAAGUAGCCGCAGACAAGGGAACGAACGUGACUAUUCCUUGUGGCGGUCUGCUGAAACUACCAACUAACGUCCAGUGGGUCUACAGAGGAAACCGAACUCACCACGAAGUUUUGGGUGACGGUGGCCUGCUCCUUAAAAAGGUGGGUGUCGAUGACGAAGGUCUAUACGAGUGUGCCGUGGAAAAUGAAACUGCAUACGUUGAUAGAGUCAAUCUAACGGUCAGAACGGAACCUCCACCCCUAGUCAACGUGACGGUACAUGCUUCAACCAUCCUCGCUAUAAUAUUGUGGAACGUGGCAGGUGACGGUGGUCACCCCAUCAUGGAUUUUACCGCGCAGUACCGGUCAGCAGCGCCCAUUAACGAUAGCCUAGAACCAUGGCGGCCUAUCAGCCCUAACCACAUCAGCCCAAACUCGCGACAAAUCGACGUGUACCAUUUGGAGCCAAAUGCGUCGUAUUGGUUCCGAGUGUGGGCCAACAAUGUUUUAGGUCCCGGACCUCCCGUGGAGGUGCUCGCCACCACACUGUAUAGCGACCAGGAAGCAGAGCUAUAUAAGCACUUCCUCGAGGGUGCGGAAACAUUCGACACGCGCACAUGGGUGGCCGCGGUGUGCGUAGUGAUGGGAACACUCGCCGUGCUCGCGGCGGGCACGUGCGCCGUGCUCUGUCGAGAAUGGCGCCGGUCAGAUUACUCCGAGGAGCAGGAUGUUAUAGAAUUAGUGCCUAAUAUAAUUUUGAACCCUGGAUUUAUGGAAUCCGAUCCCGUACGACCGCGGGAAUCAUACGCAGCGUCGAUCAUCAAGUCGACGGAGUGUCCAGGGCCUGGGAAGCCGAGGCGUGUCUGAUUCUCGUCUAUACUCAACCUUAGAAUAUUCUAUCUCACUGAUUCGGGGCUACUGUCAUGAUUGUAAACGUAAAUUAUUGAGUGACGGCGCCAGGGUCGAUGCCAUACGUAACGGCAGUGACUUGGAAAUGUUACCAUUGUGUUCGAAUCGACUCAGCUAUUUAUCGCUGAUUAGUUAAUAGAGGCUUGAUGUUUGCCGCGAUUCAACGGGGGCUUAACUAAAAUAUAAUUCCGAAAUACUGAGCAACAAAACACUAAAACUAUUGAUAAUAAUUAAUGAGAGAAUGGUCGAUCCUAUCAUAUGUCCGAGUACGGUGACGAACACGAUUGACCCGAGGGUAACGAUGGACAUAUCAAAUGCAACGUAAAGAUUAUUUUGUAAUAUUGAAUCGAAGCGAUAGAAUAUUCUAUAGUUUGUAAAAUUUAGCUAUUGCGCUCGCCAUUUGGUCGAUUUUUAAAUGCAAUAAUUCGUUUUUUUUCAAAAUGCGGAUAAUGGAAUUGUUGUAGAUAAAAAGUUAUAUAUCAUUUUUAUGUGAACAUUAACGAGGUUAGGCAAUAUCUGCAUUUUGAAAAAUAUGAUAAAGACAGCUCUAACUACUGAGAGAGAUCACUUUUAGAAUAUAAGACGUUUGAGUGUCAGGAAUGCCAUUAAAAAAAUCAUAACAUAGCAGUUUCUGCUCGGUUUAGUUUUACACAUUUCUUUACAAGAACUAACGCUUGCAUUUACUUUUGAUAAAACUUUUUACAUCGUUAAGGCGUCUAAGGCUGACACUCGCUUUACCUUUUUUUAUUAAUGGCAGACCUGGCAUAAGUGUAAUUUUGAAUAAUAUUGCUUACCGUUCAAAAUGAAUUGUUAAUGUUGCUAGCUGUAAUAAAUCGUAAUUUAUAAUUUAUUUUUGCAAUAUUGUAUAUGUAUAAUAUUUUUGUAAAAAGAUAUCAAGUAAUUAAGGAUUUAAAAGACAAAUACAUUUGUUAUUUUUGUUUAUUAUUGUGAUUUUAUACUGUGAUUAUUAUUUUUUUUUUUCAUUUUAAUCGAUUAUUUUAUUAUGACGAUAUCCAAAGUUCGCUUAAAAUUUUAUAAAAUAGGUCUACGGAGACUGUUUCAAGUAUAUCAUAUAAAGCUUAGGUUAUAAUAGAAUUUAGAUAUUUAAUAUUGUAAGCACCUUGGGCUAUUUUGAAAGCACAUGAAAGUCCAGUGUAUAUUAGCCUAAGAAGCACAGCUUGUAAGAGCUUCGCGAUAUUAUCAAUUGACAAUAUGUUAGUGUAUAAAUCGAACACUGCAAGUAGAUAUUAAAACACUUUAAGGCAAUGAUGCGUAAAUAUACCGUAGAUAUAAAAUAUUAUAUUGAUUUGUCAAUAAAAUUAUCAAGAAGAAAACGUUAAUUGAAUUUUGUACAGUUCACAGUACGGUGUUUCCCAAGGAACAAUUUUUGGACCUAUUCUUUUUCAAAUUUACAACGAUAAUAAUAUAAUUGUGUGUGAUAUAAAAAAACGAUUGUACUAUUUUGAUAUGUGUUAAAAUGACGUUUUGUGUAAUAAUGAAAAGAUAAUAUGAAUGUUUGUGACAAAUUAAUAUAAUGAAAAUAAAUUGUAUUAAUUAAGUGUUAGAACAGAUGGAUUAUAAUGUUGUUAACGAUUUGAAGAGGGGUUUAUUUUUAUAUACGUCGUGUACGCAUAUCAGGAACGCCUUAGAAUAUAAUAUAUAUGUAAAUAAUGUAUUCAUUUCCUAAAAUCUUGGCGCCAUAAGAACGUUAUCUAUCAAAUUUUAAAAUAAAAUUUAAUAAAAUUAAAAAUAUAUUUUGAAAUUCAUAAAUAUUUUUAAUAUGUAUAAAAUUGACCAUUUUAAAAAUAAAACAAAUUUUUAUUUGUUAUGUAGACGACUUGUUCUAAUGGUGCAUUACCACUUGGUUUUUCCCUUUCAAUACUGCUCAUUGCCUUCCUGUGUACUCACUACCUUACUAUUAUCAUUGUAGAUAGAUUUCUGAUUGAUGCUAAUAUAAUCUAUUAAUAACUAACGAACGUGACUUUGGUUCGCGUGGAAUCAGCGUUUUGAAAAGAUAGGGAUUUCGUCUUAAUUUUCCAAAAUAUCCAAAAUCUGUACGAAAAACUUUCCCUCGUACGUAAUUCGUUAAAAAAGAUUUUUAAUCAGGUACGGCCAAUGUAAAACAAGACUAAAAAUUUGUCAGAAGUAAUUGGUCUAGUUCACAUUAUUUAUAAUAUGAACCGCAUUAAUCAACUUCGUGCAUUAUCUUUCCCAUUCAACCAUCAAUGGCGAAAUAACGUUCCUUUUUCAAAAUUGAAAAUUUUAUUUACUUUAAAAAAUUAUACGACUAAGUCAACAAAGAACAAAGUCCUCAAAAGAGGCUGAAAUGAAGUGAGAAGUAUGUCUCCGAGUGUUGUAUGUUCAUGUAAAUAAAGUGUCUUCAAAUUUCGGUAAAAGAAAACAUCAUGAGGAAACUUGCAUGUGUUGGAUAAAAAAUCUGCCACAUCUGAUUGCGCUAAAGUGGUCGAUUCAAAUCCAUUGUGGGAUUAACAGCCUUUUAAUUUAGUUUCAAUGAAAAAGUCAGUGGCAUCAAUCACUAAUCAGUAUGGUAUUCCUAUACGCGUUGUACUUGCUCUCGGAUCGAAUAUAUAUAAGUCUGCAAUUAUAUGUCCGUCUCGCGUGAUUUAUAUCGUGCUACGUCAAUUAUGUGUACUGUAUGUGUUUGUAUUUCACCUUGUGUGUGUGUGUGUGUGCACUGCUACUUAAAACUGUUCCUUUUAACAAAGCUUGUGAGUAUUUUGAAUCUAUGAUAACACGGCUAUAACUUUUCAUUAAUUAAGAGGCUUUUGUAGCUUGGAUUUUAUUUUAAGCUUGUUAUUAAAUAUGGAGCUGAUAUUCAUUCUUAUGCACUCAGAUAAGUUAUAACAAAUCGCUUUGAAUAUAUGGAUUAUUAUAAUGUUCUAUAAUAGUAUUUAGAAACUUAAAAUCUUCCUUAAGAAUUAACGAUUUUCAGCUUUAAUAAACAAUCCCACAAAGUCCAUUUUUGCUUCCAGUAAUUAUACAAUGUGUUAUUUAUAAUAUAUUCUCCAUUAAUGAAUGAUUAAAAAGCAGUUGUUAUCAAUUAAAUAAGUGUAAUACACCACUGUUGGUCAAUAUUUACGAAAGGAAAUUAAAAAUAAACUUGAGCGUCCUCAAUUUUCUAGCGACAUUUCAUACAGCAAUAUUAUGUAAUAAUAAUUUUAUACAAUCAGUUGUAACUUUUUAAUAACGUUAUUUCUUGAUUGUAAAAAUAAAACUUUAAAAAAAAGAACAUAUUCGAAUGUUUAAAGAUCUUAAAAUCAUACAUUAGUGAUAGUCGGGUUGUAAUAGGCUAUACUAUUAGAAGUGUACGCUAGCGUUAGAAACGGCACGUAGGGUUUAAUUAGCGAGAAAUAAGACUGGGGAUAUAGAUGUGGGCUCGUUUUGAGUUACGGACGAAUGAUACCCCGUUUUAACUAUAUAUUUACUAAAGUUAAUCAAUUCGAUUUGUAAGUUUGAAAAAGGUUUUCUUUAAAAUCAUACUUUAUAAUUGUAAGGGGCGAAAAGCCCUCAAAAUAUUUUCUAAAAAAAAUAUAAUUUAGUAUUAUUUGUGCUUAACUAAAACUAGCUAGACCGCCCUCGCUUAAUAGCUUUUUCCUUUACAUUUUAAAGUGAUCAUGACAAAUUUAUUUCUCACAAUUUAUUUUUUAUUCAAAUAAAUUUAAUUUUAUAUC